UUGGAGUCAUGGAAAGCUUUCAGCAAAAUCUAUUAUUUUGACUUAAUCAUUUAUUAUCAUUUCUUAUUUCAGAUCGAAGACGAAAAUGAUAAUCGACCGAUACCUGAUGCUCCUGAAUAUCGUUUUCAUGUCACAGAGAACACUCCGGGUCAAACCAUCGUUGCUACUGUGACAGGUAGAGACAGAGAUGCUACGGGAAACCGAAUCAGUCACGAGAUUGUUAGUGGUGAUCCUGAUGGAUAUUUUAUCAUCAAUCCCUCUACAGAACCUACUGUAUGGCUGGGAUCACUUAUUUCCCUUGGUAUUCCUCUCAGACCCCAUACUGUUGAAUACCCUUCUCAUUCAAAUAACUCAACCACUUCGGAUAUCAAGCUAGUUGUGAUGAGACAAAUCGCGACGACUGACCGCCCAAUUGAUCGAGAAACUUCCUUUAUAAGCAACCAAGGUCUGCCCACUGAUGAGGUUCAUUUAGUCAUUCAACUAACGGACAGUGGGGAGCCGAGUAAAACCACGGUGGUGCAUGCGACGGCUGUGAUCGAUGACGUGAACGAUAACACCCCGCAGUUUCUCUUCACCGGAACAGAGUGUGGCAGUCAAGUAGAGGAGGGAGAGGAGUGCUACCACUUCGUGCAUCGUCUUAGCCCUCAUGGUAACAAUUCGUCUUGUCUUGGUCGUGUGUUUGCGGUGGAUUUAGAUCGCGGCGCCAAUGGCACUGUUGUUUACGAGAUGGCACAACCCGACUCCUUCUUCUCUGUCGACCCAGUUUCCGGACUAGUAUGCCCUACUGGGGCUCCUCUCACAGAGCCGUCUGAAAACCUCAUCUGGGUAACAGCGAGUGAUCAUGGGUCUCCACCACGUUUUACCACUCAGCCGAUAGCAAUUCACAUUUCUGUUCAGAAACAGAUCUCAGAUUUAGAUCUUCCCGCUGACUACCAGAUCCGAUUCAUUUCAUUACCUCCUAAAAAGCUGACCGUCAGUCCACGAACUCCUCCAGGAACUGUUCUUUACAACAUGGAAGUAGUUCUUGAUACAUCGCUGAACGCGAAUUGGACAUUCAGCUUUGCAGCAAAUUUUAUUGAUGUUGCUGCAUCAGCCUUCGUUAAUAAAGCUCUCUCCCGGUGGUUGGUUAAACUUAUUCAAAUUGCUCGAAGUGUUUUUAAACGGUCUGUUGUUACAAAUCCUAAACUCAAUCAAAAGUGGUUGCUGAUUUAA